GUUGACAGCAAAAUAUUUACAUCUGGAAGAAUCUUUCGAGAUUUCAACAUAACUUUCGUUUCUAAUCAAGUUCUUUUGAUUUUAAACGAUUUUCAGCCUUUAAUUUAAUUCAAAAAUGAACUAAUCCACAUCACGAACAUUUUCGGUGGUGGAUUCCGUCUUGCGGACCACGUUCCGUUCGAACGCAUGUAAAUAGUAUGAUCUAAGUGCUCGGAACCAUUCCGGAGAAAGCCGUCCAAACGACUGCCGCGACAUGGCCGUUAGCGUAAAAGUGAAACCUGGCCGCAGCUUGGGAUCCUCGCGGGGAGACAUCACCAUCUACGACUUUGCCAACUCGUCGAAGCGAAACGCCCGCGCCCGCAAGUCCUACUCCCGCGUUGCGGUCGAAAAGGGCGACGACGAAGAAGCUAUGGAGGAUGAACAGCAGGUCACGUACGCCGACUACCACAUCGACAUCUGGCACAGCAUCGCGGAGCACGUUCGGCCGGAGGACGUUGCGCGCUUCGCGCUAAUCUGCCGCAAAACGGCCGAGGUGACGCAGUCGGCCAAGUUUUGGCAUGCGCUGUAUCGGAGGUGGUACGAUGGGGAGUUGGAAGAGCAGAUGCCGCGACGGCUUCAGCUGGAGAACAUGUGGCGGUUGCGCGGGCUGCGGGCCUGCACGAUCCGGGCGCUGUUCUACAUGUACCGGCCGUUUAUCCAUCGGAUUGCGGCGGCGCCGUUCAACGAUCCGCACCGGGUCGCCGGGCGGAGGUUGCUGUUUUGCUGGUGCACGAAGGGGAAGUCGGGUUGGCGGUACUAUUUUAAGCUGAGGACGCGGUUUGGGGCGGUGAGCCGGGUGGCGCGUUCUGCGCGGAUGCAACAGGCGCGGGAGGAAUCGCUGGAGUACAUGCAGGACACGUACGCGAACGCGGAGGAGGGCUGCCAGAUUUUGAUCGUGGUGACGGACACGGCGCACCUGUUGCCGCAGUAUGGGGCAGAGCAGCAGUUGUACGUGAAGUCGCUGACGCAGACGCUUGCGUCCGGGAUGAGCAUGACCAAGUACAAGGUGCGGCUGCAGAUUGCAAAUUACUGUGGGCGGGUCGUGGACGAGCUGGUGUUUGUGCCGGUGCGGCAGACGCGGGUACUUGACUGGUGGAAUCCGGAGUACUAUCGGGAGGAUCCGACGAUUGACAGUGGGGAGGAGAGGGAAGAGGAUGGGGUUGAGGACGGAGACGAGAGCGCGGGCUUUUGGGACGAUUGAGACGAGAUUAAACGUUGUUUAUAUGAA